GAAGUCGCCCCCGCCGGAGAGGAAGUGGUUCCUGAUGGGGAAAUUAGCUCGUAGGCGGAGCUUCAAACGUUGACCUGUCUUGCGAUGAUAUCAUAACACUGCAGUGAGAGGACGGCGCCCUUCGGCAUCCCUGGGUGAAUGACCGAUGCUGUAAAGUGGGCCAAAAGGCAGUCAUGGGGAAUACAAGAAGGAUGCCAAUUGAGCCCCUCGUCCCUUUUAAAAGCAGCACCUGGACCGCAGCCAGCAUCACACUAAAGACACCGAGAGAAUGGCUCAGUCUUUGAGGAGGAUGGACAUUGCCGGGUCAAUGGACCACAAGCCUCAGAGAGACAAGACCCGGACCAGCUACUUUGGCAAUGUUAAGUCCAGGCUGGGCUCCAAGCUGCCUCCUGGGGUGUCUCAGCCUCCACAGUUUGCUAAGCGGUCCUGGGACACACAACCUCAGUCCCGAAGUUUACAGGAGCCUUCUUUCGGCGGCAACCAACCACAUCGUCAACAUCAGUACCAACCACCCGUUGGCCGACCUCUGGACCACAUCCCUCACAUCCGAAACCCUAUACUGCGGCAGUAUUACCUGCAAGGAACGUCAUGGGAUGUGGACACUGUCAUGAAGCAAGAGCAGACAGACCGACACGCAUCACAUGAUGGCAAAAACAUCAAGGAUGAGUCAGUGUUUAGCAUCUCAUCCCGCUGCAGCAACAGUGACACAGCUCCCCAGUUUUCGUCACAAUCCUCACCCUUGUGUGCUGCAGCGGUCCACACAGAGCAGCAGCAGCAGCAAGCUGGGGAAAGGAGAAGCACAUUUAUUCAACAAGGACCACCUCCAGCCCACCUGGAUUGUGAUCAUAAAGAGAAGAUGGAUCCUGAUUAUUUGGAUCUUCUCUCAGCUCAGUCGCCCUUGCCAGAAGCAGAAUAUGACAAACUACUGGAUGUGGAGGCGGUACCGAUGCCUGAUGGACAGCUCUGCCUUUUGGCUCUUCCGCCUGAAUGCUGUGAGGGGGAGGGGCCAGAGGCCACGCCUUACCUCAAAUUGUUCUGCCGCCACAUCACAGACCGGAAGGGUGUGGUUUCGGGCAUCCUCCUGGUAACGACAAAUAAAAUCUUCUUCGAUCCGUGCAAGACUCACUCCUUGGUGAAAGAGCACGGCUGUGAGGAGUACCUCCUGUCUUGUUCCGUAGACAACCUGGCCUCUGUCUCCUUCUUCUCGGACAUCUCACACGUUCACUUCUCCCACUAUUCCCAGAAAAGGAGAAGGGGGAAGAAAAUUUUACAAAGGCUAAAAACUGCUAAGGCGGAAUCGAGUACAUCUUUGGCGCUUGCAGCUUUGUCUGGUUUGAAUCUUAAAGAAGAGGCUGUAAGACGGGAGGAGACCACAACUGAGCUUGAUAAUAGCCGGAAGGAGGUGUUGUCAGAAGCAUCUGGAGGAGCUCUCGGCGUGGCGGCCACCUUCUGCUGUGGAGUUCCUGAUUUGACGCAUCAAAUAAAGACUGCAGAGUCAGCGGAAAGUCUGACGACAGUGCCUGGAAGGUCCACAGCACAAAGUCCAGGGAGCGUCAUGUUUGUGCGGCUGCGGGUUCAGUCGCCUACAGGAAAGACGUGCGCAGGAGGCUUUCAGUUUGGAAUGGCCGGAGCCACUGCUGCCAGAAGGGAAGCUUGGAUUGCCCUCUCACAGGAGAGCUCCGACGAACUUUAUGCCUUUCUCACGCACCGUCGACCAGACUUGUGUGUACUCAAGGGUGGAGAAGUGGAAGGAGAUCGCAACGAAGAGGAAUUUGUACUGGUGCGGGACAAAGACGAGGAGGGUGAGGAGGGAGUGUUACAGAAACAGCACAGCUCGGGGGACGACUGGGAGAUGGUGUUGAUGGAGGACAGCGGCGGGGACAAGCCGGCACUCCUCGCUGCUGACGGGGGACCCGAAGGACUUCACAGUAUUGUAGAGAACAGCCAUGUUUUGGAAGUUUCGCAUGUCAAAGAGCUAUGCAAGGAGCUGCCCCCUAAGACGGUGGGGCACACCUGGCAGCUGGCGUACAGCACCUCUCGCCACGGCGCCAGCCUUAAGUCCCUCUACCGGAAACUGAGCGCCACGGACUCGCCAACGCUGGUCGUCAUCAAGGAUGCGCUGGACGAGGUAUUCGGUGCAUUCCUGUCGCACCCGCUGAAGCUCAGUGAGGCGUUUUACGGCACGGGGGAAACCUUCCUCUUCAUGCUGCAUCCUCGAUUCAAGUGCUUCAAGUGGACCGGAGAGAACUCCUUUUUCAUUAAAGGGGACCUGGACUCCUUUGCCAUUGGAGGAGGAAGUGGUCACUUUGGUCUGUGGGUGGAUGAGAAUCUGUAUCUGGGCCGCAGCAGCCCCUGCUACACCUUCAACAACUGUUCGCUCUCUGGAACCGACGACUUCCGGAUCAUGGAGCUGGAAGUGUGGACGUUCAGCUGAGAGAGUCUGCGCGGCGUUGAAACCAAUCAAGCAUGGCCGUGAUGACACACGGUACCGGUUUGGGGACGAGUUUGGACUUUGGAGCGCUCGCUGCCUGAAGAGAAGUUUUAAUGGGUGAUUCGUUUCCUGUCAGCACCAGAGACUUUUGCACUUGGCUUUCAUUUGUGAAUCAGUCAUUUAUUUAUCAUGUGAACAGACCUGCAUCCCCAGUCCCGUAGGAAGUUAGUAAACACUCACAGACAGAAUCUUAUUCAGCAUACAUAAUAAUACUCAUGUAUUAUCAUGUAUCCUAAUGCUUGCCAUUAAUAGAUGUGCAUACAAUAAAGCCUAUCACUGGAUAAUCAUCUCUGCCAUA